AUGAAGAAGAUAUUUGUUUUGAUUUUGAUAGUCUGGACUGGUUUUGGACAUGGCCAAAGAACGUUUGAUGUUCUCGACUACGGUGCUGUUGGAGAUGGAAAAACUGACGAUUCCAAGGCUUUUCUAAAAGCAUGGGGAGAGUUGUGUGGAGCAGCAGAUGAACCUAAUGGCGUGCCAACACUUGUUAUACCAGAGAUGAAAGCAUUCUUAUUGCAACCCAUCAAGUUUCGAGGUCCUUGCAACUCAAAUGGUGUUCAUGUUCAGAUCAUGGGCAAACUGGUGGCACCUAAAAUGCUGGAUGGAUGGACCGAGUGUGAAUCAGAUUCAGAUUGGCUCCAAUUCAAGGAUGUGGGCAAUCUCGUAGUUGAUGGUUCAGGAGAAAUCGACGGUCAGGGUUCAUCUUGGUGGACCACUACCAACCAAUACGACAGAUUAUCACGCAAACUCAUGAUGAACAAGCAGAAUUGCAAAGCACCAGAUGCUCUGCACUUCCAUGGAUGCGAUAAUCUUAAACUAAGUGGACUUACUCAUCUAAACAGCGCAAGAGCCCACAUUGCUAUAAGCAGGUGCAACAAUGUGUAUGUGUCUCAUCUCACCAUAACCGCACCUGAAGACAGUCCAAACACUGAUGGCAUUGACAUCUCAAACUCACGCAAUGUCUUCAUUCAAAACUCUGCUAUCGGAACCGGCGAUGACUGCAUAGCCAUCAACGGUGGCUGCUACGAUCUCAACAUUGCCAACAUCGCGUGUGGGCCGGGUCAUGGUAUUAGUGUGGGAAGCUUGGGAGCGAAUGGGGCUCUUGAGACAGUGCAAAAUGUGUACGUGAGAGAUAGUAGUUUUAGUGGGACUACAAAUGGAGCUAGGAUCAAGACAUGGCAGGGAGGAUCGGGGUACGCUAAGAACAUAACCUUUGAGAAGAUCACACUCGAUGCAGCUAAAAAUCCCAUCAUCAUUGACCAGUUUUAUUGUAAUAAUGAUCACAACUGUAAAAGUCAAGCCUCGGCUCUGUUGGUGGAAGAUGUGAAGUACAUUGAUUUUGAAGGAACAUCUGCGAAUGAGGAAGCGAUCAAAUUAGAUUGUGACCAGAAUUCAGGUUGCCGCAACAUUAUAAUGGACCGCAUCAAAAUCACCUCGGUGGUUCCUGAUAAGAAGAUUUAUGCUUCUUGCAACAAUGCUAUUGGAACUUCCAUUGGCACCAUUGUGCCCAAUGUACCUUGCCUCAAGUCAGGGACGGAACCGACUACUUCUCCGCCAGCUAUGCCUUUGCCAACCGUGCCUCUGCCAGCUACGCCUCCGCCGUCUCUGCCUUUGCCCGUUAUGCCUCCGCCGUCUCCGCCUGUGCCCGUUAUGCCUCCGCCGUCUCCGCCUGUGCCUGUUAUGCCUCCGCCAUCUCUGCCUGUGCCUGUUAUGCCUCCGCCAUCUCCGCCAGUGCCCGUUAUGCCUCUGCCUGUGCCUGUUAUGCCUCCGCCAUCUCCGCCUGUGCCCGUUAUUCCUCCACCAUCUUCGUCUGUGCCCGUUAUUCCUCCACCAUCUCCGCCUGUGCUCGUUAUGCCUCCGCCAUCUCCACCUCUGCCGGCUGCACCUCCACUAGUUCUUAUUUUGCCAGCUCCACCCUUGCCAGAAACGCCUCCGCCCCUACCAGCUACUCCUCAUCCAUCUCCGCUCCUACCGGCCACGCCUCCGCAGUCUCCGCCCUUACCAGCUAUGCCUCCGCAAUCUCCACUCUUGCCAGCUACACCUCCGCAAUCUCCACCCUUGCCAGCUAUGCCUCCGCAAUCUCCGCCCUUGCCAGCUACGCCUCCGUCAUCUCCACCCUUGCCAGCUACGCCUCCGCCUCUACAGGUUAUGCCUCCGCCUUUGCUAAAUAGGCCUCGCCCAACUCUGCCUUUGCCAACUACACCUCCACCAGUUCCUCUGCUUACGCCCCUAGCUCCGCUGGUACCAACUCUGCCUCCCCCAACUCCGCCACCAAUACCACAAAUGUCCUUCACAGGGGAACCAGGAGUGCCAGAUAUUUACUUCACACCUGGUGCAUCUAGUGCUACUAAACUUCAUAAGAAACACUAUAUUUGGUGUCAAUUACUGAUCGUGUGUGUGUUAACAAGACUACUGUUUGGCUAA